AUGUUAUCUCUGUCCGUAGAUCCUUGUAAACUUCAUAACUACAGGGAUCUGAACCGAGGAGAUCGAUCAGAGAAAUAUAAAGAUGCAAGUGACAGGUGUGAUGGCUAUGACCUUGAGCAUGAAUGGCAUUAUUGGUACGUGGUGUCAGGAAACGCAGGCAACGCCCUUGCCACAAAUAACGCCCCUGCUGAGGGAAGUUGCGGUACCACUGAUCGUCUGUACUUGAAAGGUCAACAUCCGCUUUUUGGUGAAGGUGAAGUUACCAGGAAGUUGUGUAUAGCCAAAGGAAACAAAGCAUGUGAACAAGAACAAUCUAUUCAAGUAAUAAACUGUGGCGCGUUUUACAUGUACAAGCUCUAUAAUAAUGGAGAAUGUUCCCCUCCCUGGGGCUACUGCACAAAUGGUGUCGGUAAGUAUACAGAGCACAUCAAAGUAAUCUGUUGGAGAGGUGAAAAGGGCCCAUUUCAGUGUUCAGCUUUUUCACAUGAGUUUUGUGGUGACUUGUAGAGGUUUGAGUUUUUUCUUAUUCUUUAGGGAGGUGGUGUUGGGGGAGGUGAGGGGCGAUUGGGAGGAGGGGAUAUCUGAAAAAAUCGAGGCUUUCUUGAAUUAUAAACACCUUUAUAGAUGUCUUAUUACCACUCAUAAACUGCAUGCAUAUGAGUUGGUUAGGUUUUUCCUUCUUUACUGGGAUUUACUACGGAGAAAGAACUUAAUUCAUUUCUCAGAACGCAAUGAAAAUUACACCUUUUUUUUAUUUUUUCAUUUCUUUACAGAGAAUGUUUCUUGUUACGAUUUCAAUUGUCCUUCGGGCCUCAUAUGUACUCUGCAAAACAACGGUGAAAAUCGUCGCUGUCUAGGUAAUGCUUUUUUGUAUUAAGUAAGUGUUAAGUAAGCAGCUUUUUUUUUGACAGUUAGUCCGUCCGUCGGGGCGUUUGUUGUCAGACUGUGAGCUGGCCACUAGUCAGCCAGCCAUUAUGCCUAUUGAAACUUAUGAAAAUUCGUCUUUUAGCGGAAACUUAAUUCAACUAUAAGGGUUAGUUAACUUGCCUUAAGGCCUGGAGUCAGAGGUCUUAAGCUCCUAUUCUGUUACUCCGUUACGCUGCUCUUCCUUCAGCUCCAUUAGUAUUUUAGAAUCACAAAAAAUUUAUUUUGAAUUAUAGAUCCUAAUCAGGUGCCAGGAAUAACUGUUGUACAAACGCAACAUGAAACAACAGCCACACCGAAAACAGCAAACCCAACCUCAGAUACAACAACAACACAACUGACAACAGACACUACCACAACAAAGCCAACAUCAGAUACGAUAAAAGCACAAGCAACAACGAAUACAAGCACAGAGAAGCUAACAGAUAAAACAACAGCAAAACUAAAAACAGACACUAUCGCAGUAAAGCCAACAUCUGUAACAAUAACAGUACAUCUUAUGACAGACACCUGCACAGCAAAGCCAAAAUCACAUACAAUAACAGCACAACCAACAGCGAAAACAAGCACAGCAAAGCUAGCAGCUAUAACAACAGCAAAACUAAGAACAGAUACUAGCACAGCCAAGCCAAGAUCAGAUACCACAACAGCACAACAAACAACGGACAUAACAACACAAGUAACAAGAGACUCAGUAUCAACACCUCUACAAAGUUCAUCGUCUUCGCCAACAAACAUCCGCACCAGCGUCAUUCAGCAAUAUCAUUCAGCUGAGUUAUCAAUCCCAACAGAAGUAAAAACUGUAAAAAGGCCAGCAAUGUCAGAAUCAUUAACCUCACGAGCAGAAAUUGCGUCAGAAACGUCAUCAUCGUUAUUUUUGUCACCAUUCUCCACGCCGUUAUUAUCGAAAACAAUAAAUACACCACUAUCAGAAUCGUCAACGUCAGACAUACAUUUAAAAUCUUCAUCAAUAGCAACAACAACAAUAACAAUGAAAAAAGCAGAUGUGGCCACAAGGACAUCAUCAGCACCAAAAGUAGAAAAAAACUCACCUUUAACUUGGUUAACUGAGCAAGCCGCAAUAACAUUAAAAGCAACAUCAACACCUUCCACAAAAACAACAACAACAGCUGCAGGAGCAAUAGCAGAAACUGCAGGCUCAGGAAUUUCAAAAGAAACUGUACCACUGCAGCCCACAUUCGUGAUUUCAAAAUCUUUGACAACAGAACUUGAUGCUGCAGCAUCACUAUUACCAACAACUAAGGUAGGGACGUCAACAGAACUAGCUGUUGUAUCAGCAAUGUAUACGAUAACGCUAAAAGCGCUGGCAAUUGCUACCACGCCAUCCUUACAGUCGAAAACGGGAAGCUUACCGGUAGGAGAGUCACUCGUCACAAACUCUUUACAGUUAUCUUCAACUACAGAAACAACAGGACAAACACUGAUAACAGCAACUUCAACAAAAUCAGAUUUAAAGCAGCCAGAAAUGACAACAUCACGAUCGUCGCCAUCAGUUACAACGUUGAAAACAGGGCAAUCAACAGGAAAAACGUCUUCCGAAUAUUUAUCAACACUUGCACAGACAGAAAUAACAGAAACUUCAACAAAACCAGCUUUUGAGUUACCAGGAAUUGCAACGACACCAUCGUUUUCUUCAACAACAAUGUUUGGCUCAAGAGAAUCAACAAUGGCAGCGUGGUCAAAAUAUUCAUCAGCGUUUGAAUUAGCAGAACUAGCAACAAUGUCAACAAAAUCAGCUAUAGAUCCACAAGCAAUGAUAAGGACACCAUCGUUUUCAUCCAUAGCAAAGCUAGGAAACAUAGAAUUAACAAAAGCAACAUCGUCAGAAUAUUUAUCAGCAGUAGAACUGGCAAUGUCAAAAAAAUCAACUCUAGAACCCCCAGUAAUUGCAACGACACCAGUGUUUUCAUCAAUAACAACUUUAAAAACAGGAGAAUCCACACGAGCAGCAUCUUCUAAAUAUUUAUCAGCAGAAAAACUAGGAGCUAUGUCAACAAAUUCACAGGAGGAAGAACUUGUAACGGCGUCAAACUUACCGUCAAUAAUAGCAAGAUUUAAAACAGCAGAAUCAGCAGUGAAAGCAAUUAAAUCAGAAUUACUAAUAACAACAAAAACGUCAGCACUACUUACAGGAAAAGGAGCAAAAACUGUAACACCGCUAUUACAAGGGUCAGCAUCAGCAGGAGUAUCUAUAACGACUCUCAAAGCCAUAACAAUAACAGCCACAACUGCAGCAGCAACAACAACACCAACUUCUAUAGCAGGGCAACAAGGUAUAAACUAAAAAUAAAAUUAUUUACUUGAUGUCUUGUAUCUGGUCCGUUUGUUAUUUUUCUUCUUCUAGUCCGCGUUUCCUAUCUACUAAUACUUAGUUGUCCUCUUUGGCAUUUUGUCUACAAUUGAACCUGCAUUAAAUUGUCAACCACGGGAAAUAGGGGGGUGACCGCUUACUACCGUUUGACCGCUUAAUACAGGUAUUUAUUCCGUUUAUGACCUCUUAUUGUACAAAAACUUGGUCACGAUACUGUUACAUUGAUUUCAGGAGAUAAGAAUGGAUAACUUUAAGCGAUCACUCUUAGUUUUAUUUGAGUGGUUCCCUUUUAUGUGACCGUUCAAUACAGAUAAGAACAAAACAAAAAGGCUGUUAAAACUCUCAGUAAAGGAUGACCGCCACCGCUGACAAGAGGUGAAAGUUAUACUAAUGAUGGGGUAAAAAUUGCAGGACUUUGAAGACCGACCGCUUAAUGUAUGGUGCCGCUUCAUACAGGUUCGAUUGUGAUUUGUGUCAAAGGUACACGAGCCGCUCGAUCCGAUGAGCUACCCAAGUUCGAAUUUAUGUAUUUUUUUUAACCAGAGCUCGAGAAUUCAGCAAUAUUUGAGAGCUACAUUGUUUUUCUUCUUGAUCUUGUACAAUUUGAACCCUUUCAGUUCUUCUAUCGACAGACAAUCCUUGUAUACCAAAUCCUUGUGAGAAUUAUGGCAAUUGCUCAAGGACAGUUGACCCAGAAGGAUUCAACUGCAGCUGUACCUCAGAGUACACUGGUAAUACAUGUGGCAAUAAAAUAGGUAAGACAUCGUCUCCAGUGAUACCUAGACUUGCUUAGAUGCAUAGCCGGGGUGUAGGGGCAUAGUCGCCUGGUCUCCGUUUAAACCCUUUAAUUCCGUCAUUUGACAUUUCACUUGGAUUUCCUAUUCUGGAGCUUACAUUCUCAUAAAUAUCGUAACGGUUAUUUCAGCCCUUAGACUUAGAAUUAAGCGGGGUUGAUCUUUUUUCAGCGCGUGAAGUUUCUUGAGUUCGUACAAUGACGCUAUUGUGAUGUCUCUCUUUGCAACGUGUCGUUAUGUCGAUUGAUUUUCCAAAUCUUUAACAGCUCCCCUGACUGUAGGUAUGUGUCAGUGUAUCUGCGUAAAAGGUACCUUCGAUAGGUAGGUUCCAUGGUCUGGAAUGUAUCAGGAAAUAAUACAAUUUGUUUUUUCUUAGAUCUCGUAAACUAAGGCUGUUUUCCCGGGCUGCUCUUGUGUCAACAGCUGUUGUUGUGGUGGUGUAACACCGUAAUUUUCAAGUCAAAGCACCUUAAUUUCCUGCUAUUUCAUUGCAUUUUCUGUUCCCAUUUAGGGGUUAUUUUCUAGAUAAUUUCUCGCCUCUCGCACAAAUACUCAUACUCAUACUUGGUGAUUCUAUGGUUUAAUUAAUCUAGUUCACGGCAACUGGAGCGCUUGGACUCAAUGGCCCAACUGUAACAGGCCCUGUAAUGGUGGAAACAAAACAAGAAAACGUCAGUGUGACAAUCCUAAACCAGCUUUUGGUGGAAGAUACUGUAUUGGUCAAGCAACUGAGAUGCAGUUUUGUAAUAUGGACAGCUGUCCAGGUAAGUUAAUUAGUGAUUAAUAUAAGGUUGAUAGUCAGUAAUCAAUAAUUAAUUAAUCGUUUAUUUAUUUAUCGUCUUCAGCUGACGAGGUAAACUUCGAAGUGCGACUUAAGGCUGAAACCUGGAGUGAUGAACUUGCGAACCCUGAAAGUGAGCUGUACAAGAGAUUCAAGGAUGAAAUUGAAUCUACCGUGAGUUCUACAAUUCUUGAACUUUAUUUAGUAUAGUACAAGCUGUUAUAAAGUGUUAUUCUAUUGUUUACAGGUUAAAAUGAGUUCAUGCAUAUUGAUCUUAAAGUUUGAUCCACUUUGUGAAGCCUAGUUUAACGCAGGAAAUUAAGCACUGAACGAUAAAACACUAAGAGCAGUUAUGGCAAUGUAAAAGCAAGAAUCACCUCUUAAAGAAUAAUAAGCAGCUUGGAAGAAAGGUAUGAUCCCAAUUGCGAACUUUCCUUUUCAUAACAUAAUUUGGUUUUAGCAAUUGAUAUGGAAAUUGGUCAUUGUAAUGAUUUUCUAUAGCUGACGCUGUAAGCGUUAGCUCUCCCUUUAGAGCAAGGGACGUUUAGGAACUCUCUAUUUCGACUAAUUUACAUUACCAAAUCAUUCGAUAAAACCAAAUUAUUAUGUCUCCCCCCUCACCCCUUUCCCCAGCUGAUGCACGCAGCACCACAGUUUCUCUAAAAAUGUAACCCAUUUUUCCCUUUUAAUAGUCAAACAAAUAGCCGGGGAUGUAGUCGUACACUUUAACUAAGAAACACCUUAUAUACAGCUUAAGAAAAAAUAAACUUUGAUAUACAACACAAAUGUCUUACUCGAUGCCGUUUAAUUUUGUUUCGUCACAUACCAAGUUUUUUUCGUGAUAAAUAGUUCCGUGUGGAGUAAAGGAGUAUACUACUUAUUAACUGUAGCUUAAGCUCAAGCAUAACAAAUAUUUCAGAAAGUCUUCACAAGCGGUUAUCAUCUCUAAACUUCUACUUCGUUCGAUUUAGGUCACGGGGUUUUAUUUGGAAAAAGGCGAAACCAUAACAUUCAAGCUUUUGAGUUUGAGGUAUUUCUUCUUAGUUUUAUUUGUCUGAGGACUAAUUAAAAAUUUGGAUAAGAUCUUUUGUUUUGAGAAAAUGAAACUAGAGGUGGAGGCUAAUUCUGCCCCUUGAGAAUGCUCAUAUGAUAGGCGAGGCUAUCACCAGCAGCUUUGUUCGUUUGCUGGUUUGUUGGAUUCAUCUCUAAACGGAUGGUCUUAUCCACUCUUCGAACAAAGACACAUUCAUGCAUCUCAACAUCUCCUUCGUUUUAUUACAGAUAAUACUCGCGGUACAGUUUCGAGAGCAGUGAUCCGGGAGUUCAAUUUAGUCCACUCUGUUGCGUUGUAUGCUUGUCCAGGAAAACUAACAUCAACCUCUUAAACAAUCACAUGUAGAAAUAAAUUCUUUCGCGAUUUGGUCGCUAGCAUUUGCCUUUGCUUGAGGCCAGCACUCACACAGUUAUUUAAUACCUUGAAUUCUCUUUCGCCUUAUGCGUUUCUUAACUGCUUUUUGAUCCUUUUGAGGUCAGCGCGCCAAAGCUCAUUCAUAUUAGUGCUAGAUGAUUCACUUAUAUGGAGAUCGGUAGUAUAAAUCGCCGAUGUAAAUCUGAAGCCAGUUAUUCCUACACUGUAUUCAUUGCCUUCGAUACUUGCAGUUUUCUCCAUUUUUUUUUUAGACAAGGAAGCAUUAUUGCAAGUUUUAACAUCACCUACCCAGCAAUCGACUCGCUUCAAAUUGUCAUUUUGCAAGAACAAAUCACCGCAGGGACUCUGGGUAAUUUUCCAGCAGAAUUGCUUAACAUUACCAGCAGUUAUGGUGAGAGGACCUAAGGAAUAGAUAACUUUAACCUGAUAGAUGAUGUUUAUCUCAUUGUUUACAGUAAUUGCUUUGCAUUAAGCGCUAUCUGGGAAUCUUUAGAGUAUAACUGAUUUACUUCCUUCUGAACCAGUGCCGCAAACUGCAUGCUAAGCGAGUGUGGGUUUCGCAUUUCGUUAAGGUUAUGUCAAAAUUGUCUUAUAAGAAGAUUCUUACAAGAUGAGGUUGAUGGAUGAACUUCCUUGGCCAUCUACAUUCCUUGGAUUUUAUAUUCUGUUGAGCACGACUAAAAACCACAACCAUAGCAUAGUCUCUGAACUGGAUUAAAAAAAAUAUUAAAAAUAUGAGAUUUACAAAUUUUUCCAUGCUUAGUGCGCGUAUGUCGAGUUAUGGAUGCACACGGGAAGUUUUGAGACGCAGCUGAGAGCUUCUUGAGUGCUUUUUAAAGUUCCCAAGUGCAUUCAUAACACGAAGGAUAUACGUACAGCUUAAGCAUGAACCAAUUCUUCUAUAACGUAGCAUGUAGACGCAAGCUGUGCUAAAAAAAAAAGAAACAAACAAAACAUAAACAAAACAAAAAAACAAAACAAAAAAAGAACGAAAAAGGGCUUACUACAACUUUGUCGGUUUCACUAGGUAAUCGUGUUCUAACUUGACGGGAACUUUCAUUCGAGGUGAAAUUGCACACGUCAUGUGAUGGAUACACUACCUUGCGGUACAUAAAUAUAUGUUAUUUGCUGGCUGGGAGGUCCGUAUGGUGAAAAAUUGUGACCGAGGUCUUGAAAAUACUGCCUGAGGCCGUAGGCUGAGGGUAGCAUUUUCAAGACCGAGGUCACAGUUUUUCUCCAUACUGACCGACCCUUAACCGGUAAAUAACAUAUUUAUUUUUUUGAAACUUGACGAAAUUCUUUCCGAAAGAACCCGAAUGAUUUAGGGCUGUAAAUACGGCAAGAUCUUCCAUAAACUGAACAGUUUUUGAGCGAGUAAAUGGUAGUUAAAAUAGAUAUGAUGCAAAUUCAAGAGAGAUGCCUCAGCGAAACAUUUUCAUUUCCGUAACGAUAAUUCAAAAGGCUUCCAAACAAACUCUGAAACAUUAUUUUUACAAGUAUCUGUCACAAUCUGACACCUGUCCAUUAAAGAGCGCGUAAGUAAAAAAAAGCGUAAGAACAUUUGAAAAACAACGGAACUAGUUUGGCAAGGACUGUCACGACGAUAUUUUCUUCAAAAAGAGUCAAUGAUCUAACGGAAAGUAUUAUUCACUCUCAUCGACGAUUGAUUCAUGUACGAAGAUUUACCUCUGUUCAUUAAGUAAACGGCGAGGAAAGUAAUUAUGAGUAAAUUGAAUUGUUUUAUUUUGAAGUUGUGAGAGUUUGCUCGUUUGUUUGCUACAAUGGCGAGUAUAAAUCUGGUCUUUCCUUCACAAAAACUAAAUUCGAAUGGCACACUCCAACGAGACACAAGGGGAUUUAAUGCGGCCUUUUCUCAAAAAAUUCCUUCGGUUUCUGUUGCGCAAUUUACGGUACAAAUGUUCAAAUUGAACGGACUUGGGAAGACUGACCGAGAGCGUAUAUUUGUCGUAAAACUUAAAUUAAAACUUCGCUCGCUCUUUCACUGCGAACAAAUUGCUUGAGAAAAUUCAGGUAUUAAAUGAACGAAAGUUCCAUCGUUUAGUUUAACUGUAACCAAAUACCUCACGUUUUAACUUUCUAGGUACUUUUUGUGAGCGAGUAAAAUUAAUUGCAGACGGGUUUUAGGCCGCUUGUCAACCAACGUAAUGACACUAUUGUUUAUACAAAUUCAUUCUGAAACCAAUAUUUUUCUAUCAACCAAAGUGAUUUGAGUGAGAGAAAAGUGAGGAUUCAUAAGUUAUUCAUCGGCUUGAGGUAGUGACCGACGUGUUUGCAUAAAAAUACUGCCCAGCCCGGGAAAGCGAGAUAUAUUUAUGAAAAAUAGCAGCGAAAGUUGGGAUGUGCUUGGCGACUCACGAAAGCGUUACCGUAGCCCGUGGGCAGAGAUAGGAAAAUACUGUCCGGGUAAAGAACCAAUCAGAUUGCAAGAUUCGUUACCGUGCCCUCUCAAAAAAAAAAAAAAGAUUUUUACCAUGAUAACCUCUGAUAAAAUAUGGAGGACUUGCGCGCGCAAUGUUAUGAUAAUGAUCAACAGUUAUGUGUCCUUAAUUUGACAGCACUUACACAUCUUAUAUUGCUUAAUGAGACAAAAAUCAUGGUGGUCUUCUCGAUGUUUUGUUUCUAAAUUUAGAUUAUCAGUGGUUAAAUUAUCCGAUGGUUUUGUCUCUAGGACCAUUAGCAUUGAAAUUAUGGCAUCUUGUGUCUGGUCAAGAUUGUUGAAGCCUGAUUUCGUGGUGGACAAACUUAAAAAGAAAACACAAGGCAGUUGUAUACGAAGCAACAAAUGACAAUAACGUACUUCAUAACUGUUGUCAAUAACAUAAAAUUUGUCUCCAUUUCGUCUUUAGUGCCAAAUGAAGCUCCAGUUAUUUUGGAGUUAAACAGUCCCACGUCAACAACAAUUCAUUUAAAAUGGUCGGAGGUCACACAAUUGAAUUCAGUUCCACUUCUUGGUUACGUUAUUAUAUUCAAGGAAAACAUCACCAGGUUUCAACCCGACAUCCUAAAAUCUGUGCUACCCUUGCCGCAGGAGACGGUGUUGGAGGAUUUGAAAAAGUUCACACAUUACACCAUAAGAGUGUAUGCUUUUACGAGGAAUGGAAACGGAAUACCGAGUAAGGCACUGACUUUGAGGACUGAGGAGGAUGGUAAGUAUAUAAUGCGCAAGUGAAAGGGACCAAUUAGUUUCAAUGUGAGGUCGAUGAAGGUGGAAAAUAUGCCCCACCGAGUUUUAAAAGGCCGACGAAAGAGGUAUUAAAAGGUGAAGUAAAACAAUGAACACAGAAAUUGCCUGUGACCAGGUCGCGAGUCCUGCAGUCGAUAGGUGCAGGGACAGGCGAAAUAUUUGUCGACCAGUCGCAAACCAAAGUGAACGAAAACCUAAUCUAUCCUCGACUUCUUUUCAUAUGAAAUUGCAAUCAUCCGUUUCAAACUUGGCCUUUUUGGUCAUCAGUUCCGAGUGAACCCCCACCAAACACUGUUAUCACAGUCACAAGUUCAAGGUCAAUCCGUGUUUCAUGGAAACCAAUCAACGCAGCUUACGUGCAUGGAAUCCUCUUGGGAUACGAGGUCAGACUCGCAAAGGAUGACGGGUCAACACUGACGUGGAUAAGCAAGAGACUGGGCCCAGAAAUACAUCACAUUUUAUUAGAUGAAUUGGCUCCCAACACAUGGUUUUGGGUAGUGAUCUGUGCCAGGACAUCCAAAGGUUGUGGAAAAGAAUAUUUUGACCUUGUGCAAACUUGGGAAGAUGGUGAGUUCAGUUUUUGGCGACAGUGAAAGCGUUGUCAGGAUGUUGCACUUGUUUCAAUGGCGACAUUUGAAGAAGAAAAUAAACUCUUAAUCUCUCCUACCUUGUCUUUGCCUUCCUGUUUAAAUCGAUAUUUUGAUAGGAAUAGCUUUUUUUUUUUUGGGGGGGGGGUUAAAUUAUAUUAAUUGCUUUAAUGAAAUAAAAAAACAACAACAACAACAACAACAAAAAAAACCUAUACAAAACAAAGAGAGACUCCUAACUACGCUUUUAUUAUGUUCUGAGUUACUGGUAUGGGGUUUUUCAUCUUUUUUUCCCGAAAUAUUUGUAGAAGGUUCUCGAUGCCUUUUUUUUUAUCAUUAUUUUUAUCUCUCCGUCUAGUUCCCAGCAUGCCUCCUGUGGACUUCAAAGCCUACAACCUUACAUCCGAAGCAUUCAUUAAUGUCAGCUGGAGUCCAGUCCCUUCAAAUCACAUCAACGGCAUAUUACUAGGCUACUCCUUAAAGUAUCAAAGAGUUCAAACAUCCGAGAGGCAAGUCUUUGGCGUAGACGAGCACACACUGACUUUGAGGCCAACAGAUCUUUCGGUUUCCCUACAAGUCGAAGCGUACUCGAUUUACAGAAUUGGAGUGGCGGCUUUUACUCGGAAAGGCAUGGGACCAUAUACUGAAUAUGCUUACGCAGGUGAGUCCCCAGAUUAGGUUCCUGAGUAAGUAACCGCGUGAGUAAAUGAGUGGGCGCCUGAGUAGAAUCUGAAAGUACUUGAGUGAGUACUGGAGUAAGUGCAUGAGUAACUACCUGAGUGAGUACUUGAAGGAGGCCCUUAGUGAUCACCCGAGUGAGCACUUGACCCUUUCAUGUUAAAAUGAUCCUAAAUACGCUUUAAAAUCAAAGGAAAAGUUAUAUGACAGUGUAUUUGGUCCUUUUCACAAGAAUCCUGCCGUUGCCCAAAAGUUCUGUACACAAAUUUCUGGUCAACGUCUCCAUAUCUGAGAGUGAACAAGGGCGAAAAUAGGAUGGAAGGAAUUUUCAGCAAAAUUGUGGCAGAUAUGAUCUUUGCAGCUUGUGGUCUUUGCCCUGGUCACAGUAGUUCUACAAUAAUCGAGAUUGCAACCAAUGGAAAAGGAGACUCUUCUGGCAAGAAAAGUAUCUCGGAAGUGCUUGAUGACAUCGAUGAUGUUCCACAGAUAAGCUUUCCGAUCUACGGCAACAAAUACAUCACAAGAUACCUGGGAGCUUAUGCUUAUAUCAACCUUGUAGAUUCCCCUGGGGUGGCAUUUAUUGCUGCAAAGAGUCUCCCCGGAUCCGCGGCUAAGAACAUGAUAAACGCAGUUGUAGAAUGCAUUCCUAUGAUUAUAUUGUCAGCAUGUAUGGCUUAUAUUUCUGGAUUCAUCAUUUGGGUCUUGGUAAGUAAUUGUCUAUGCCAUCCAAGAAUCUUUUAAUAUGAAUGGAGAACCUUUAGUGAUUUUCUUAUUAAUCCCCUAAGCUCAAAUAAUGUACUGUUUCCAAAACUAUAAGUACUUCUUCGCAUUAAAUAUUGUAUCUUUCUCUCUCACAUUUAAUAUACCUCUUCUUUAGGACUCUAGAUUCAACCCAGACGAAUUUCCGCCUGCUUUUAUAGAAGGUGUUGGUGAAGGAUUUUGGUGGUCGUUUAUUUCAAUGACAACUGUUGGGUAAGCUGAUUAUAGCCAAUCUUUUUUUUUUUUUUUUUUUUUAUAAAAAGUAUUGAUACCUAUUAGCAAAUCUUGGCCGCUUAAACGAAGCCUUAUUGGGCCAGAUCUGGUCGUUAUUACCAUUCCUAUAUUCCCAUCCGGUAUUUAAAAAAAGUAAUUUGAUGUUGUAAAUCAUUUCACGAUAUCGCUUAUUUUAGGUAUACAAUUCUAAUGUGCAUUUUUCAGUAUCUAAGUGUAUACCAAUGCUUUUAUAAGUGUCAGUUACAUGUAAUCCUUGCAGAUAUGGAGAUCGCUGCCCCCGUUCUAUCCCUGCCCGUGUUUUUGGUAUCAUAUGGACCCUAAUUGGACUUGUUAUUAUCUCCAUUCUGAUUGGUGCGAUUGCUUCGUCACUGACAUAUGUCAAUGUGAAUAAACCUGUCACUCUUUAUGGGGCGAAGGUAUGCCUAAACAAAUGGUGAUAAUGCAUGAUUCAAAGUAAUACUUUAUGACUUCCUCUCUUAACAGAAAUACAUACAAAUAGAUUAGUGACAGAUGCACACUCGCACUGCCAGGAAGGUUGAAAGAAGAGUACAAAGACAGACAGACCGAGAAAUAGAUAGACAGUCAGGUAGAGAGAGACGAACUGAGAGACAGACAGAAAUGCAAAAGAUCAGGUGGACAGACAGACACACAGACACAGACAAAACGAUAGGUUUACAAACACCAGGAUGGGUUAGGGAUAACAACUUUAGCAACAUAAUGCAUUCAAGUUGCUAAGGAAGGGUCUGAUUCACCAGCUUAUAUCUAAAAGGGAAAUACUUAAAGGGAUACAUUUUUUUCCCAAUUUAGAUCGGAGCCAUUCAGAACUCCGUGGAAUAUCGCCUUGGAAUUCUUAAGAAUGCAAAAGUAAACGGAGGUAAGAUCGAUUUAUAACAACUAAUAUGAUAACUUUGGACAACUGAUAAAUUUCUUAUAAGGCCAAGUGGAAUCCAAUUCGGUCUGUAAUCAUACAAGCGAUUAGCCAAUCGUACGACCGCAAAGCGGGAGUCCGAUUUGUAACUCACGAUUAUUAUUACAGAUAUAAUUGGACCACACAAAGUUCUGAGGCGGGGGGAGGGAGUCGUCCGAAAUGAUCUCUGACUUCUGACUAUUCUGGACUGCCAGGUUCUUAGCACCAAGCAUCUCAGAUUAAUUUGGCUUACUCCUUAUUUUCAUUCAUAAAGAAAAAGAAUACCAUAACGUUGAUGAAAUCCGAACAGCACUUGAAGAUGGUGAAAUUGAUGGCGCUUUGUUAGACACUUACGUAGCUGCAGAACAUAAAGAAACUCUUUUCGAUGACAGAAUAUAUGUUAAAGAGAUCUUAGAGAGGCCAGUUGGGUACGGAGUGGUUCUUUCUGGAGCGGCUGUGGGUGUUGAGCAACAAUGCCGGGAUUAUAUCAAUAUGCACAUAACUGAAAUUUUUCACAUCAUCCAGAAUAUGACGAAGACUCUUGAUGUAAGUAAUUCCAUAACAGCUACGUUAAUUUGGUUUCACCGUUUCAUGAAGUGGUAAACCAUGUCCUUGAAGUUGAAAACAGCUGUGCAAAUUUUCAAAAAAAUGGAGGAAAAAACAAAAAAAACAAAUACAUUCUCCUUAAAUAAAUAUUAUUAACCUGGAAAUAUAGAAAAAGGAAAGAAAGGCUAGAGUAUUAAGAAGAAAAAAGGAUAGCAGGAAAUGGUUUAAAUUAAAACGGUUUGCUACUCACGAACUUGAGAAUCUAAGCUGAAUUUUGCAAGAUGCAUAUUGAUCGUGAUUUGUAGUAACAACGGUUCCAAUUUUGUUAGCUUAUUAAUGAAUCAAAACAAUAGGAUCUAGCUGCUCAUAUAUUGAUUACUUACGAAAAAAGGAAACGGAUAAUGCAAAAAAAAUAAAAAAGCAUGAUAUCAAAUUCUGAGUGCAGAACUCAAUCGAGAAGAAAUUCAUCCAAGCUUAAGUCGUUUCAAAGUUAGGUUUAGUGAAAAUCAGUUUUUUUUGGUUUUUUUUUUUUUUGUUAUUUAAUUUUAGGAUUAAACGUAUCUCGGGAAUGCAUGGUAAGGUUUUUGCAUGUACAUUUUUCAGGCACCAGCUGAAAGCGCCGUAAUGGAACAAAGUACGGGAUUGUUUGACAACACAUCUGAAAUGUUCCGUAUUAGCUUGGUUUCUCUCCUUGCCGUCCUAGGGGUUGCCAUCUUGGGCGGGCUCUCUUAUCAUUUCUUGAUAUAUGUUCCCCGAAGGAAAAGAGGUAGGCGGUUUUUUGUUGUUGCUGUUGUUGUUGUUGUUGUUUUAUUUAUUUUGUUGUUGUUGUUGUUUUUUUUUAUGCAGCAUUGAUGUAAGGCUUACAUGAGAAGUUGGCAAGUUGGGGUUCGCGUAACGCUUAUUUUCUCACAGCAUUUUAUUAUUUCCAUUUAGUGGACGAGGCAAGAAACACUGACCAACAACUCAGUUACCAGAAGGCUCUUAAUGAUGAAAUGAAAGCUUUCGUGAAUUCUUUCUACAUGGACAUGUUAAAAAAGAUUUCCUCUAUCAGGAAGGAGCUACAGGAGGUUGUGAACCGAAAAAGGCGAGGGAAAUAUAAAAUGCGAAUUCGUAGAUCUGCAGAUAGUUCCAAAAGAGACACAGAGAGCAGUAUUGUUGUUAGUACCCAAACACCUCGGAGUUGGACCAGUGAGAAACAGUAUGAGAAGCAAAAGCACGUUGUCCAACUUGUCUCAAAUAAUGAAAAUAACGAACUGGAGCACAGUUCACAAAGGGUUUUGCUAAAAUCCUUUUCAUUUCUCUCUGGAUAUUCUUCAAAAUGUCAGGAACCCUUUUGUUCUCAGACGCUACCUAACAUGGUAAUUUCUGAAGACGAUAUAGAACAUGAAUAUUCGUCAUGUUAA